GGCUAUAGCAAUUAAAAGUAGUCCUAAAGGUGCUUUUGAAAUAUAGGUUUUUCAUUCAUAAAGGAUUGUCAGUUUGAGUCCGUGUCUGUGAUAGGUCCGUUGCUGGUUCUGCCUGGUCUCUGGUUGUUUUUUUUACUUGUUGGGGCUGUGGUGUCCAGGGGGAGGAGUGGGCCGGUUAUCGGAGUGCUCCCAGGGAAGCGCAUAGACAGAAGUUCGCAUCAGUUUGUCUUCCAAUUCAGUCGGUCCAAUCUCAAUAGCAGCCACACGGCAGGGGACGGACGUGCUGCCAGAACUCAGGAUACACAGACAAGGUGCAACCCUCCAGAACUGCCAACACGCACCACAGCUGUAGUCCGAUUAUCACCACACCAGAACUGACUCGAGGAAUCUAUCGAACACUAAAAAGGAAACAUUUAUUGUAUUUUUUUGUUUGAUUUAGUUUUUAUAUUGUGUUGGUCUCAGAAGUGUUGAUACGGUUGAGGGAACUUUCCAGCUUGUUUUAUCAUCCCUAAAUCUGAAAGGAGGAUGAGGCUGUGCUUGGGACCUCAGGGCUGGCCUCUGGGCCUGGCUCUGGUGCUGGGGGUUGUAGUUGGCCAGAAGCUGCCCACACGAGAUGAGGGCCUGUUCCAGAUGCAGAUCAGAGACAAGACCCUGUUUCAUGAUUCCUCCGUCAUCCCAGACGGCGCCGAGAUCAAUGGAUACUUGUUCAGGGACACACCUAAAAGGUACUACUUUGUGGUGGAGGAGGACAACACCCCGCUGUCUGUGACGGUGACACCAUGUGAUGCUCCUCUGGAGUGGAAGCUCACUCUGCAGGAGCUGCCUGAUGAGGCCAGCGGAGAGGGAUCAGGUAAGCCGGAGCCCCUGGACCAGCAGAAGCAGCAGCAGGUGACAGUGGAUGAGGGCACAGAGCUCUUCUCCUACAAGGGGAAUGAUGUGGAGUCUUACGUGGCUACCAGCUCUCCCUCCGGCCUCUACCAACUGGAGAUGCUCUCCACAGAGAAGGACAGCAACUUCAAGGUGUACGCCACCACCACCCCAGAGUCUGACCAGCCCUACCCCGAGCUGCCCUACGAUCCCCGGGUGGACGUCACUGCCUUGGGCCGUACCACUGUCACUCUGGCCUGGAAGCCCACCCCGACGGGCGUUCUGAUGGGCCAGCCCGUCCAGUACUGUGUUGUCAUCAACAAGGAGCACAACUUCAAAAGUCUGUGUGCUGCCGAGGCUAAGAUCAGCGCUGACGAUGCCUUCAUGGCCGUUCCAAAGCCAGGCCGGGACUUCAGCCCCUUUGACUUUGCCCACUUUGGCUUUGUCCGCUCAGACAAUGACUUUAACAAGGACCGAGGUCUCACCAGUAACAAGAUCUCCCGCUCCUACACAGCCAAGCCCAAGGCCUCGGACAUUCAAAAAGUCUGCAUCGGCAACAAGAAUAUCUUCACCGUGUCGGACCUGAAGCCGGACACUCAGUACUACUUUGACGUAUUCGCUGUGAACUCUGCCACCAACACCAGCACCGCCUACGUGGGCACGUUCGCCCGCACUAAGGAGGAGGCUCGGCAGAAGACUGUGGAGCUGAAGGAUGGCAAGGUGUCUGAUGUCUUCAUCAAGAGGAAGGGCAGUAAGUUCCUACGCUUUGCCCCGGUCUCCUCUCAUCAGAGGGUCACUCUGUUUGUGCACGCCUGUCUGGACUCUGUCCAGGUGCAGGUGAGGCGUGAUGGCAAGUUGCUGCUCUCCCAGAAUGUGGAAGGGGUACGACAGUUCCAGCUGCGGGGGAAGCCUAAGGCCAAGUACCUGAUCCGUCUGCGAGGCAGCAGGAAGGGAGCGUCCACCCUGAAGGUGCUGGCCACCACAAAGCCCAGCAGCAAGCAGCCCUUCCCCUCGCUUCCUGAGGACACGCGCAUCAAGGCUUUUGACAAGCUGCGUACCUGCUCCACUGCAACUGUGGCCUGGCUGGGAACGCAGGACCGCAACAAGUACUGUGUCUACAAAAAAGAGGUGGCCGAGAGCUAUGGCGAGGAGCAGCGGCGGCGUGAGCAGAACCAGUGUGCCGGGCCCGAGACACGGAGGAAGUCAGAGAAGGUCCUCUGCAAGUACUUCCACAGCCCGAACCUGCAGAAGGCCGUUACCACGGAAACCAUCACAGGGCUAGAGCCGGGCAAGACCUACCUGCUGGACGUUUAUGUUGUGGGCCACAGCGGUCACUCAGUCAAAUACCAGAGCAAACUGGUGAAAACAAGGAAAUACUGUUAAAAGACUGCAUAGAAUAAAUCUAUUAUAAAUAUAUAUAUUAAAAAAGUUUUAUUUAACUCUAAGUGAUAUUCUACUAAGGAGUGAAUACAGACUGACUACUCACACAGCUGAUGGGCCUGUGGCAGAGACUGAACUGUUUGUAGAGAUAUCAACCUGUAUAUUUAUGUUUACAUUUCAUUGUUGGCACGUUUUUGGGCAAUCCAUAGCGAGGUGUUCUGUCGCCUUUGCUUGGGGACCUAGCAUCUCGUUGCCAACAGGGAGACCUCUGAGCUUCAGAAAAGAGACUGUUUCAUCUUGUGUGUUUCUUUGUUGCUGCAUGACUCGUGUUUGUCAAAAUGGGUUGUUCCUUCAGUUUCAAUUCCUGUUGACCUGCAGAGAUACAAUAGCUACCGGCCUUGUAUAGUUCUCUCAUUGCUUUAUUCACAUUUAGGAGAGAUUUAAAUUAUUUGAUACUUCUUUGCCUCUUUUGGUUUGAUUGUUUGAUUUAUUGGUAAUGAUGACUAUUACAUUUAUGAGGAAGUAAUUCAAAAUCUAUGAGGAAAUUGUGGUUGUGGAGACAUUCCCUUGUGCAUCUCAGCCGGCGUACACUCUAGAGCCUGUCUGUAAAUGUGUUCUGUGCUGGAGGUCUGUGUUAUCACUGUAUCACCGUGUUUGUCACAUGUACAGAGUUGUCCUGCCAAUAUUCAUGUACAGAAACACUAAAUAUAGAACAAGUAAUCCCUGUGUCACCCUGGGUGUCAUGUUCUUCUGUGGGCUAGUUAACGUCACAUAGUUGGAUGCAGUUUGUCAGACAGCAGUGUAUCAGCAGAAAGGAGGAUAUAUAGUGUUUAUAGAUUUUACGUUAGUCCUGCGGUGUGUCCUCGUAAGCAUAACAUGAUCGUUGACAUAAACGAUUACUGACGUGUAAGAUCAUUUUAGUAUGGACAUAAUGCAUCAGACGAAUGGGACUGACGUGAAUUAUUUGGAGGAACGUAUUUGAAUGAUGGUAAAUGUUGUUUUAUUGCUGGUGUCAAAAGUUCUCAAAGGUACAGGUGUAGG